UUUUUUUGUUAACAGAUCAGUUUACAAAUAUAGAUAUCCUCCAGAUAUAAUCGUAUUAAAAAUUGAGAUUUAUCUAUUUAACAAUUUUAAAAGCAAAAUUGUUUUCGGAAGUAAUUGGCAAAUUUGAUAUAUAUUGGCAUAGUCUAACUUCAUUUAAAUUUUAGUGUUUGUCUUUCGUGGAGCAGUAAUUACCAUGCCUGUUCGUAAUAGACGUCGAGUCCGAAAUUGUAAACACACAUAUGAUACGACAGAUACUUCUGAUCCGUCAUCUGAUCCGACAUCUUCUGAAGAAGAUGGUUCUUAUCCCAAUAAUUAUUUUCCCGUACAGAAUAUGCAAGUAUAUGAACUAACGCAAAACCAUAAAAUAUUGGAAUGGUUCAUAUUCAUAGUCUUUGGAAUAAUAUGGUUUUUUCUGAAAUUUUGGGAGCGAAUAUCUGUGGAACAUGAGGAAAAAGAUUUUCGAUGCAUUACAAUCACAUCUUUCUACAGUAUAAUGUUGUUCUUUGCGAUAAAGAAUCGACCGAAUAUCAAUCAUCAUCCCAUUUGGCAACACAAAGUGUCUAUUAUUUCAUUACACAUAGUCUUUGUAAUGCUGAUAGUACAGUUUCCUACAUACUUUGUUUGGUUUCAUGCUUUGGAGUGGUUACGUGGAUUUAGUGCAGUUAUUGGACUUAGUUUAUCCAACGUUAUGGGUUCGAUCUUCAAGCAGAGUAGACGUGAUGUACACAAUUGGAUUCAAGAAAAUUCUUAUCAUAUGGUCACAUAUUGCUUGUUAUUUUUAAUGUGUGGAAUUCUCAUUAUACCAGUUGAAAGAUUCACAAAUUAUUUACAACAGAAAUUAGUGAAAUUUCUUUAUGAUACAUAUGAACAAGAAAUUCAGCGGGAACCUUUACAGAGAGAGUUGCGUUAAGAAUGCCUUUCGCAUAACUUAAAUGCCCACCUAUUGCGUUCAACUUAUUCACUCUAUAGUUCUGAUUUUAUCAGAAUUACAACAAUAAUCAAAAAAUCUUGCUUGUUAACUUGUUAAUUUGGAUUAACUGGACAGUCUACAGAGAUGGUUAAGUUGAGUGCGAAAAUAGAUUAAAGAUAUAACUCACGAAAUAAAAUCUAAUAUUCGAUAUAACAACGCUGAAGGAUCGAGUAAUUACUACUAGUAAAACUAGUUUAUUAACAAUCAUUAACAUUUUUAAUGCUAAUACCUCAAUUCAAACUACAAUUAGGCACCUAAAUUUUAUAUGAAAUUCUAUGAAAUUUUUGAAAUAAUAAUAAC